CAAAGUACGAACAUCACCGGUCGUUUGUUAUUUUCUGGUGAAUCAUUGGUUAAUAUUGUGUCUCCUUAUGCGAUGAUCUACUGACUCGGUCACUGUGGCUUCCGUCGCGGUACAAAGACUGCAUUGGGUAUAUCAACAGAUUGAGUAUAUCAACAGAUUGGGUAUAUCAACAGAUUAGGCAAUGAUCACCACAGCAUCCUCCGAUUCUUACUAUACGCAGAUUGACCUGUUUGACACAUGUGAGCUGCAUGCUGGUCACCCCCUCCGGUUUGUGUGUCUGGAAUGUGAGGAGUGUUGUAUCUGCGAUGAAUGCAGCAUAUUUAUUCACGCCUCUCAUCGGCAACAGGAGCUCAAAGACUACAACAGGACUCAGCUGAAAAAGCUCGAAGACAACCGACGCAGACUGACCGAUGUUACAACGGAAAGUAAACGGAAAGUAGACUAUCUGACAAAACAGAUUGAAAGAAGUCGCCGAAAGUCUGAACUGGCGGUGGAACAGGCUACGGCCACAGUAGAAUACUUAUGGCAGGAAAUAACAAGGAAAAAAGUCGAACUUGUCCAAAACAUAAAUAGAUACACAACGGCAUGCGCUAAUCAGCUAGGGCAACAGCAACAGGAAUUGCGGCAUCGGCUCACGCAAUAUAAACUUAUCAUUGAGAGAAUAGAAAACGUAGCAAAGUCUGAUAAUCCCAGCCAAAUCUUCAAGAACGUGGGAGGACUAAAGAAGCAUUGUUCCGGAGCUUUGAAUUUGAGGCCGUUGUGUUCACUUCCGGUUUACAAACCAGUGUUCAUGAGAAAUCCAAAUCUUUUAUCAGACUUUGGAGAUAUACAGUUCGGCGUAGUUGUUAACUCGAAUGACCAUAGUGAUAAUGAAUCUGAAGAAAGCGACUACGUAGUUGAAGAAGAUCCGUGGGUCUACGAAGUCGAACCUAUGCUCAUAGAUUCGGUCAACAAUUCUGAUGAGAGUGAUGACGUAAAAUCUACGCAUCAGGACAAUGCAUCAGCGGGGUCAAACUAUUGUCAGCAAUCGGGCUCUGAAGUGAGUGACGAAAUCGUGGCCUACACAGAUCUUUCUCAUGUGAUGCCUGAUUGUGCGGACAACUCGUCCGCUGGGUCGAGUUAUGUCGAUUUUUCAGAAACGAAUAUUGAAUGCAUACACCACAACCCCGAAAGUUUUUCUGAGAUAAAGGCUGGGUGUUCAAACAACUCGUCCACUGGUUCGGGUGACGCGUCAACGUUUGUAUCGGAUCUCGACAAAAACCAUUGUCACGAAGUAAAUAUCAAUCAACAGCAGCGGAUGACCGGACGGACGGAGAAGUCAAACGAUAAAAACAAAGAUAUGAGGCCAAAGGAAGAGCAAUUACAUACACAGGAGAGCACGUCCGAUAUACCCCCUGGACAUUACUCCUUUGCGCGUCGCAAGUGUGACAACUCAAAAUCUGACCGUCAAAUCCCCCCAGGCGUGUCCAUACCCAUGGACGAUGAACACAGUGAGACCGACCUGUAUGAGAGUCUUCUUCAGAAGAAUGACACAUCAACUUCUAUGCUCCGCUCCACCAAUAAGUAUGAUUCUCUUCUGGGGAGCACUUUAUCCCUGGAUAGAAUCGAAGACAGAACAAAACUGCCACAAAAGUUUCAACUACAUUUCAACAAAUCUAAAAUUAUACAGACGGAAAACACCAUUUUGUCUGGAAAAGUUCUGAAGCGAGUAUUUCUACCGUUUACAUUUACCGGUUUCACAACAGUUUCCAGAGAAAACGACACGCUACUUGCAUUCGUCACAACAGACAAGGAGGUAGUCCUCCUUCGGAAGAAUGGCGUAGAAUUCAGCAGGAUAACAGAGCUUACAAGCCCGUUCGAUGUAGGAAGUAAUGGGAGCUUUCCGUAUAGCAUCUACAUCACAGACAGUGGUGUUCGCCCUGGUGAGGGCAGUGUGAGGGUGUAUAGCUGCGCUGGGGGAUACCUCGACACAUUUGCUGGCGGACUUAACGCACCACGAGGGAUUGAUCUGUCAGCAGAAGGUCAGGUGUUCGUGUGUGACCAAGCUGACAAGUGCGUGUACGGGUUCUCUUCAAAAGGUCGCAAGACCCUCCGACUGAAUAUUGGUGGCCAAGGCUUCCCAAAGUACGUUAGUUUUUUAAGUAACGGACGACUUGCCGUCUCUGACUAUGAGAGGGAAAACCUCAUCAUAUAUGAUAUAGCUGGUCACAGCGUCCAGCUGGUGAGAACAAAAGUGGACGAUUUACUCUGCCGUGGUAUGUGUUCUGAAGAUGUGGGCAAUAACGUGCUGUUUGUAGUUCACCCUGAGGGCAACGUUCUUCACGUGAUAAGGGGAGGUCAACUCAAGGUCAUCGAUCUGGGAGGUGGCGAGGGUGCGCAUCCUCUUGUUCCAAUGAGAGAUGAGCGAGGCAAUGUGUUUGUGUUCUAACGUUUAGAAACGGGGACCAUGAAACAGUUUAGACUUCGAUACCAAUAUUCCAAGUGUAAGAAUCAAAACAUUGCUUGCUUACUUCAAAGGCACACAGAGUAGUCAUGAAUCAAUCCAGUAGAACACUGAUCUACAUCUCUAUACUACACAUUUAUUAUACUGAAAUAGAUCGAAAGCCAAAUAGUUAACACAAUCAGACUUUCGUUGUCGUUUACUUCAGUUACUCGGAACUCGGACGUGACGCGUGCCGCUUGCUCAUUUUUCUAGAGAAACCCAGAAUAAGGGAAACAUAACAAGGGAAUCUCGAGUGCGAGAGGACACGACAAUUUAUUUCUGUAUUAUGUGAUCAUGGAUUGCAAUCAGAUACACUGUUGUAUUUGAUCUUGUUGGAGGGAAACAAGAGUCUGUUUCCCCGAUAUUAAUCAUAUUUCCAGUGGUAAUUAUUCUUUUCCCUGAAAAUUUAAAAAGUAUUCGCUAUUAUAAUGGGUAUUACGUAUCUCCGCGUAGUAUCAUUAUAUUUACUAUGUCGUUACGUGCGCUGUUGGUGACUCCUUGUGUGACGUAAAAUGACGUCGUUUUUAUCAUAUCUGACGUUGCUUUUUAGAUGUUUUAUCAUAUUUUGUAUUCUUUUGUGUGACUCCCUUGUACGCUACCGUGCGGAAAAAAGGAGAAUAGUCAACAUGGGCUCAUAAACUUUUUUUCAUACUUGUGAAAUAAAUCAAGUUUAAGAGUUGGCCGGGAUUAGAAGGAGAAGAUAGAUGUGGGGUUGUGGACUAGCAUAUAUUCUCAAAAUCGUUUCCAUUGUUUCAGUCGGUUGUCCCAUUUUUAGAUUGUGUCUGUACAUAUGUCAACAGAGAAUAAGUAUCACCGUCAGAUAUAUGCUGUUUUGACUAUACUUCUACAACUCUAUUUAUUAGUAUUGACUUUAUCCAUAUAGUGUUUCGUAAUUAUAAUGAUGCAUGAAAUUUAACUCCAAAUAAUAAAAUGACCUCACGAUUUCUACUGAUGUUUGGCACUCUAAAUGUUGCGCAACGUUAUUCCCGUUAUGUAGCCUAAGGAGGACAUUUUACGAAAACUGAUAAGUGUAGCACGAUAUUUUUCAUUUUUAAUGCUGUUACAAAAGUGAAAAGUGCUUCCUGCUGGGUAAGCAUAACAUUCUGUUCAUAGCGGUUUGGAGAAGAUUUUGUAAAUAUGCCAAUCACUAAUCCCAAUGAAACUAUUGAUGUCAUUUGUGACGUCAUUUCUGCUUCCGUCUGGUUUUUAAAUAUCUGCACUGUUUUGGCGCGAAUUUAUAGGAUUUUUUUAAACGUCUUACCCCGCAGAUGUUACGCGUCCCAUGAGUUUUUGGGACGUUUUUGAGGUUGUUUAGGUGAAACAGAAUUAUUCAUGUUGUGUUAUACUAUCCAUAAAAAGCAGAAGACGAAUUAACUUGAAAAAGACGUUUUCUUUGAUAUAUAAUUUGACAUCAAGUUUUGAAAACUGAAUAAUACAGCGAUACUUUUAGCAGGCGCCAUGCGUGUUUUGAGGCGGUGUCACCAACAUCGCGCGUUACGUCAUUAUAUACUGACCAGACACAGUAAAAUAUCGAUAUAAUGCCCCUCAUUUCAUUUACCACCUCGUUUGCCGCCAACAUAUUUCAGCGGCCCUUUUUCUCGUUUUUGUUUCGUUUUAAAGAUUUCCUUUAUAAAUUUCUCUCAUUUUUAAGUAUGAUAAACUUUAAUGACCAAAUAACGGAAGAAUUCUGUUUUAAAGUAUAAACAUUAUUUAUGCUUCAAUAAUUAUGAAACAAGUUAUAUCAACGUAUAUUAACCACUAUUGUUGCCCGGAUGUUAACGUGCAGGGGUCUUAAUGUGGGAGGAAACCAGAGUACCCGUAGGAAACCCAUGUGAUUGAGGAAGUGACCCCAAUACGAUUUCAUGUCCAAUCUGGUAAUCGAACCCCGACCGUUUUGGUGAAAUGCGAGUACUCGAUCGCGAUCCAAAUCGCCGUUCGACCAUCCAAAGGUUUACUUUCAAAAUAAUGUGAAUAGGUUUUAUAUUAGAAUAUCAGUUUUAUUUUAUUUUUCAAAUUACAACUAAAUGGUGGUUGAUUGAUUGAUUGAUUGAUUGAUUGAUUGGUUUUACGCCCGCUUCACUACCGAGUAGUUCGGUUAUCCAGUAAUAGUCUUGCUCAACCAGAUUCUUGUUUUCUGCGCAAGCUACGCCCAACAGAGAAGUGAUCAAGCGUCUGGUUGAACGAGACUACUAAUAAUUAAGAUGCAUCUAUUAAACUUUUAUGAUAGUAUGGAACUCAUUUCCUUUCGAUCAUAAUCCAAUGUGCGUGUUAGAAUAUUAUGUUUUGAUGGAAACGGGAUAUCUAUAACUUAAAAAGAUGCAUUUCGAGAGCCUUAUUAUUUUUACGUUCAAAACAACAAAGAUAAUUGUAUUUUAUCUAUCAUGAUUGUUUUUUAUGACAUAUUUAAAACAAACUCUUUUAACAACAGCCAUUUUCUUUCUGUUUUUUUUAAGGUUACCAUUUCCAUCAUAUCGGAAACCAUUCGGGAAUAUAAUUUGAAAUUGACGUCACACUAUGAGUGAUCUCCGAUUGGUUGGAACAGUUUUACGGAAAAACCCGAACAAUUUUCGACUAGAAGAGAUAACAACUGUUUGCUUAGUAUUAUAGAAAGGUUCAUGUACAACUACAGUAAGGUGUUUAUGUGUGACGUUACAAUGACUAUUAACGUGCUGAUUGUGUCCGUUAAAAGUCGAUUUAUCGUCAUAUUGGCUUAUUGCACAUAUCAAACAGUUAACUUUGCAUUUUUUUAAAAGUAUAUUACAUGGCUAUCAAACCAUGUACAUUUUAUCUUAAUAUACAUUAAAUUACAUUUUUUAUCAACGUGAUGAAGUCGGGAAGUGUAAUGAUAAGGAUGUUUGAUAGCGUUUACAAAAUUUACAAAAUUUAGUUUUCCUUUGACAGUGAAAGUUGUUUUAUAGGGUGAGCGAAAAAAACACCUGAUUAUUGUUAAUUCAUGUGUACACUAACUAAAUAUCCACAUUUCUUGUAAUUUUACAACGUUAAAUAAUUUAAAUAGUAUUUCUUCGACUUUUGCAAUAAAACUUCUGGGCAAUACUCGGCUCCCAUUUUGAGCAACUAUCUCUUUCGUGUUACAAAAAGACGGGGAUAUUUUUACCGACUCAACUAACCAUACUUAAUAUCACUUGACACGUACGUGUACGUACUGCCUAUUUAUUUAUGUACACAUGUAAAGUUUUUUGUAACCGCCCGUUUGUAUUUUUAUACAAACACCUUGUCUAUUGUAUUCACUUACCAUAUUUUUAUAUAUCCAUUACGGAAAUAAAGUGUGGAAAAUAC